CAACUGACGCAUUAUUCUGUAAAAACCCGGAUGAAAACGUCAUAGGCGAAAACAAAAUAAAGAACAUCUAGAAAUUUUUCCAACUCAUCUAAGCCAACUUAUAUAACUUUAACGGAAAGUAUUUUGUGAUAAGAGAACACAUACAGUGAUAGUAAUGUCUACCCCAGCCCGACGACGAUUGAUGCGAGAUUUUAAAAGACUGCAGGAAGAUCCCCCAGCUGGCGUCAGUGGCGCACCUACGGACAACAACAUAAUGUUGUGGAAUGCUGUUAUUUUUGGACCACACGAUACACCAUUUGAAGAUGGAACUUUCAAAUUGACUAUAGAGUUCACUGAAGAAUAUCCUAAUAAGCCUCCUACUGUUCGCUUUGUCUCUAAAAUGUUCCAUCCUAAUGUUUAUGCAGAUGGCAGUAUAUGUUUAGAUAUUUUACAAAAUAGAUGGAGUCCAACAUAUGAUGUUUCUGCAAUUUUAACAUCUAUACAGUCACUUCUUGAUGAACCCAACCCCAACUCCCCUGCCAAUAACCUGGCGGCCCAGUUGUAUCAAGAGAAUAGACGAGAAUAUGAGAAAAAGGUGAAGGCAAUUGUUGAAGAAAGCUGGAUUUACCAUGGAGAGGUGGCGUCUUGAAUUAUAAAGCAAGAAUGCUGUUAUAAAGCAAGAAUCCACAAUUAGGGAACUGUCAUCUUGUGGCAGUUAAGAACAACAGUAAUAAAUCAUUUCUUGUAGAAUCAUAUUUUUUAUUCGAUAGAGAGUAUUUGAAUCUGAAUGUUUUCAUGGUAUGUUAUGAAUAAUAACAGUUUGAUGAAUAUAGGUCAUAAACAUAUGCCUAACAUCCAAGAGGUGAUUUCACAAAUUGGGUAAUGUGAUUUAUCAAAGUGUCUCGUGAACCUUUCAAAGUUUGCUGAUCAUGUAUACCAUGUAUUGUAUCAAGCAUUGUAUGGAUUUCAUACUUCAUAAGGAAAAAUGCUUUUCUGUACAAAAAACACCAUUAUUUUGUUGAAUUCUGUACUUUGUGCUCAACUUCACAGAAUGAAUACAUUAAGUACAAUACAGUAGGGUACAUGUUGGGCAAAAUAGUCAGUUGUUAACAGACUGCCAGUGGCAUAAUUUGUUUUAAUAAGACAUUUGUUUCAAUGGCUUUCUCAUUGCUGCUUCACAUUAAAUGCCGUACAAGCCUGUAUGAAAACCAUGAGAGAAACAAUGGAGAACAAUGAAAGGAGGGGGUAUUCACAUGUUACAAGUCUAUUAAGUAUAUGAUUUAUUUUAAAUACUUAUUUUGCAUUUUAUGUUUGUUUCCAUAUUGUACUGGUAUAUUCUUUGAACCGAAUAACAAUAAUAUGAAGUUUAUGAUGUUUUGUAUGCACCUAGACUCCAUUUUGUGAUAUUUGUGAACUUGAUUUAUUGCUAAGUGUGUUUGUUGGUUUUGUAAUGUUUUAUUUUGACUGGUAUGAAAGUUAGUCGUUUAUAUCAGUGAUCAUUAUGAAUAAAAACAUCUUAAAUGUAAA